CGCAUGUUUCAUCAAUUCUAUGUGAAGGCAGAAGACCAAGAUUACUUACGUUUCCUUUGGUGGGAGGAAGGAAAUCUGGAAGCUCAACCAUCUAUCUACCGGAUGAAAGUCCACCUGUUUGGUGCAGCUUCCUCCCCAGGCUGCGCCAACUUUGGACUAAGACAUCUUGCUGAUGAAGGACGGGGAAGAUUCAGUGAAGACACAAUUCAGUUCAUCAAAGGAAAUUUUUACGUUGACGAUGGGCUGGCAAGUGUCACAUCUCAAGAGCAAGCCAUCCAGCUAGUGAAGGAAGCAAGAGAACUCUGCAGCACAGGCAAACUCCGGCUGCAUAAGUUCAUCUCAACCAGUGAGGAAGUCAUGGCCACAAUUCCUAAGGAGGAAUGUGUUGCGGCUGCCAAAGAUCUGGACAUGGCGCUAGGUGAACAUCAUGUGGAAAGAGCGCUUGGCAUUCAAUGGUGUGUGACCUCAGAUGAAUUCCAGUUCCGAGUAGUCGUCAAACAGAAUCCACUCACCCGAAGAGGAGUCUUGUCCACGGUUGCCUCAAUAUUUGACCCACUCGGAUUCGUGGCACCGUUCAUCCUGGUAGGGAAAAAGAUUGUCCAGCAGAUGUGUCGCGACAAGCUCAGUUGGGAUGACACCUUACCUGACGACCUGAGACCUCUCUGGGAAUCCUGGCUCCUAGACUUGAAAAACCUGGCUGGUGUGAAGAUCCAGAGGUGCUACGUUCCACCAAACUUAGAAGUUCUGCACUAUGAGUUGCAUCAUUUCUCCGAUGCUAGCGCGUCAGGAUAUGGAGAGUGUUCAUAUCUCAGAGUGAUCAGCACAUCGGGUGAAGUGCACUGUACUCUAGUCAUGGGAAGGUCAAGAGUUGCUCCCACUAAGGUGACCACCAUACCGAGACUAGAGCUAUCAGCGGCAGUAAUAGCAGUCAAAGUCAGUGACAUGCUCAAAAGAGAGCUUGAAGUGGAUUGUGUGCAAGAAGUCUUCUGGACAGAUUCAAAGAUCGUUCUGGGCUACAUCAGUAACGAAGCCAGAAGAUUUCAUGUGUUCGUAGCUAAUCGUGUAGAACGCAUCAAACAAAGUACAGAAUCUGCACAAUGGAGGUACGUAACUUCGGAGGAAAACCCGGCAGAUCAUGCCUCAAGAGGUCUCUCAGCUGACCAGCUGUUAACAUCUAACUGGUUCACAGGCCCAGACCUGCUUUGGCAGAAAGAGUUACCAACUGGAGAUGUCAAGGUGGGAGAGAUCCCAAGUAGUGACCCAGAGCUCAAGAAGGCCCAAGUCUAUGACACACAGGCAAAAGAGGUGAGGUCAUUGUUGGAUCGCCUACACAAGUUCUCAGAUUGGUCAAGGUUGGUGAAGGCCAUUGCUAGAUUAAAGCGCCUCGCUAGAGAAGUCAAAGGUCUGACGCCACGGUCCUGUGAAGCCACAAGCCUAGAAGAAAGGAGGCAAGCGCAGCUAACCAUAAUAAAAAUAGUUCAAGAAACAAACCUCGCUCAAGAGAUCCAGUAUCUCCAGCAUCACAAGGAGACACCACCGAAGUCUAAGCUGCACAGACUGAAUCCAUUCCUGGAUGAUCAAGGUAUCAUUAGAGUUGGAGGCCGCUUGACUCAUGCUCCCUUACAUCCACAUGUAAAGCAUCCGGCGGUUCUUCCGAGAGACAGUCACAUCUCAUCAUUGCUGGUCAAGCACUAUCAUGAAAGAGUGCACCAUCAAGGCCGGGGAAUGACCACAAAUGAGCUCCGUUCCAACGGCAUAUGGAUCCUCGGAUGCAGCAACCUGGUCUCAUCCCAUAUCUACAAGUGCACCAAGUGCAGGAAAUUCAGAAGAGGUUUGGAACAACAAAGGAUGUCAGAUCUUUCUGUAGACCGAACAGAAGCUACACCACCAUUCACUUUCUGUGGCAUGGAUUGUUUCGGUCCGUUUUACAUCAAAGAAGGGAGAAAAGAGUUAAAGAAGUACGGACUGUUACUCACCUGUAUGUGCUCCAGAGCAAUUCACAUUGAAAUGCUCGAUGACUUGACCUCAGAUGCCUUCAUAAACGCCCUGCGUUCAUUCAUUGCCAUUCGUGGAGCAGUGCGGCAGAUAAGGUGUGAUCAGGGGACAAACUUCGUUGGUGCGAGGCGAGAGUUUGUUGAAGCAUUGAGAGAGAUGGAUCAAGAGGAACUCAAGGAGAGGGGAUGCGAGUUCAUCUUUAAUACCCCAGUCUCAAGCCACAUGGGCGGAGUCUGGGAAAGACAGAUCCGCACCAUCAGAAGUGUUUUGAUGUCUAUCCUAGAACAGUCUGCCAAACAACUUGACUCCUCCUCUCUACGAACAUUCCUAUAUGAAGUCAUGGCAGUAGUGAACAGCAGACCGCUGACUACGGAUAACCUGAAUGAUUCAUCCAGUCCAGAGCCACUGACACCAAACCACAUUCUGACCAUGAAGUCCACAAUCAUAUCACCUCCCCCUGGGAAGUUCGUCAGGGAAGACCUUUACCUCCGGAAGAGAUGGCGUCGAGUUCAACUCCUGGCCAACAACUUCUGGUCACGUUGGAAGAAGGAGUAUCUUUUAAAUCUCCAAAACAGACAAAGAUGGACUAAGGACCGCAGAAAUGCACAGGUCAACGACAUUGUUCUUCUGAAGGAUGAUGGGAUACCACGAAACAAAUGGAAGUUGGCCAAGGUCAUGCAAGUUCAUCCUGGGAAGGAUGGGAGAGUGAGGACGCUCUCGUUGUUACUCAGUGAUCCAACGCUGGAUAAAAUGGGAAGACGCACUUCCAAACCAGUCUACCUGGAGAGACCUAUUCAGAAGACGGUGACGCUGUUGGAAGCAGAAUAAAGACCACAGUGUACCAUUCUCUCACUCUCAGUGUUACUAGCUGGCCUUAUUGAUUGUUAUUGAUGUGUUAAAUGAUAAUAUUUUAAGUAAUGUUCACAUACAUUAUAUAUGUCUCCCAUAAGUUGUUCUAAGAAAAUCACUCGUGAUUUGGUGGGAGUGUAACUGCCCACAUGUCAGUUCAUUUAAUUCUCAUUUAUUUAUUUAUUUUUUGGUUCCUACCUGCCCUUUAAUGAGGCGGACGCAUUGUUUGUAUUUGUUUCUACACGGUACCACUUUAGCGACACACCACCUGGCAGAGCAUGGCAAGGGAGAAACAACACGGUCGGUUGUCUCCACACUCGGUAAAGUUGAUGUAAAGAUAAAGAGUUACAACUUUAAAUGUAAACAAAGAAGACGAAGACAGAAGAAAAGACAAGAUUCAGCCCCUUUGGUAGUGUGCAGCCUACGAGUUCUCACGGGUUGGGUCGGUCGGUGACUGUGAAUAAAUCCUGUUUUUAAACGAGCUCGGGUCUCAUGCUUUACUACCGGGAGGAGCUACAACGGGUUAUGAGGCAGGUGGAGAUGAGCCGUCCAGGGUGCUGAAGACUGAAGAAACAGGCCACUCUACUGAGACUGCUCGACUCUCCUCCACAGGAUCUCCACACGACCAGAGCAGCUUCCCUCUCCUCUGUUGUCAUCCUGUUGGACCUUUCAGCAGUGUUUCACACUGUGAACCGCCAGUUCUAUUUCCUAUAUGGCUUCACCCUCUAAAAGCAAUCAAUCAACCAGUCAGUCAGUCAGUUUGUUACAUAAAAACAUCCCAUACAAGUUCAGUAAAUAUCAUAGUUGUCCGUUCUCAUUAGCAAUGAAACUGAAAUUCAGCUCCCAUUUUUCUUCACUAAGCAUAGACUAAAGGAGAAUGAAAAAGAGAUGUCUUCUUCCAGCGGUGUCUGCUUCGGUUCUGUCUGCUGGGCCACAUCAUGGUGGAUGACGUUUAUGCCAGCUGCGAGUCAAGCCUGGGCUCUAUGUGUGCCAGCCUGGCCCUUGCCCCUCCAUAUUGCGCACCUCCUUCUCCUGUCAGUGAAGCAGUGGAGAGUGGACACCUUUGCUGUUGCAGCAGUGGUGGUGUGGCCUGAGAUGUCUGCUCCUCCUGAUAUCACCUCCCCAGAAAUGUAAUUACAAGUCACUGCGACACAGACCUCCUGGCUAUUUUUGUACACUGCAAAGCAUUUCCCUCAUCCCUUUUGGAUGAUUGCCUUUAAGAACAGAGUUACUUCACAUUAUACAUAAUUUUAACAAAUGUGUAGCAACAUUCAGUACAUGAGUCAUACUGACAGCCAGCAGUCAGCCACAGCUUAAAGCAUAUACUAAUUAAUGUAAUUAUCAUGGAGGACAAAAAAUGACACAAGGCAUACAUAAAUAUGUAUAAAAUAAUGUAUAAAUAAAUCACUGGUCACAUACCCUGGGACAUGUUAUCCACAGCCAUAACGAGAGUUGGUUCCAAAGUCAAAGUCAGUGGGGUUUUUGAAUUGAUUUUUGAAUUCUGGAUUCUUCACAAGUGAACCAGGACAGUGUUAACUUCCUGGUUGCCUUCAGAAAAUGUCAUCAAUGCAGCACUCCACAACAAUGUUUAUCACAUUAUUACACUCAACAACUGCAUCCUUAACCUCAGUUGCUGU